AUGGUUCUGUCUGAUACAAACAUAAAAAUCAUCAGGACGACCAACAGCGUCGGAGUGUCCUCACAGGCCGAGAACCGGCUGGAGGCGGAGUGCCUCCUGAUCGUACUCAAAGCCCUGCCAGCAGCUCUCGGGGGUGACCUGUCUGAGCCAUGUGGUGGGCGGGACUGCUCCACCUGUCAGUGUUUCCCAGCCAAGGGAGCAAGGGGUGCUCCUGGUUCUCUGGGUCUGCAGGGCCCUAACGGACCCAUGGGCUUCCCGGGUCCUCAGGGGCCUCCAGGAGAGAAAGGCCAGAGAGGAGAUGAGGGGCCAACAGGAGCAGCAGGCCUGAAAGGACAUAUGGGAUCUCUUGGUGUUCCUGGUUUUCCAGGUUUGGAUGGAGUUCCGGGACACCCGGGACCUGCUGGAGGUCCAGGACAUCCAGGUCUGGAUGGAUGUAAUGGAACUAGAGGAGAGAAGGGGAAAGCUGGACUUCUGGGAGAACAAGGACGUGAUGGAGAACUGGGUUUUCCAGGACCGAAAGGAUAUCCAGGAGAUCAGGCGGUGUAUUUCAUACGUAACCCUGGAGUGACUGGAGAUGCUGGGCCCAGUGGACUUCCUGGUCUGCGGGGUGAGCAGGGCCUCUCGGGAUCGAAGGGAGCAAUGGGUUCUCCAGGACCAAAAGGCCAAGACGGUGUACCUGGAAGCCCGGGUUCUCGAGGUCCACCCGGGGAAAGAGGUCGAUCUCUGCCUGGACAGAAAGGAGAUGAGGGGGAUCAGGGUUUGCAGGGACCUCCGGGGCCGUUUGAGUAUGUUGACCCUCCCGAAGACCUCUACAUCAAAGGAGACAAAGGCUCCCGGGGGGUUAAAGGAGUCUGUGGAAUUGAUGGACUGCCGGGUCUGGAUGGGCCGCCUGGCAUGGAAGGGGAGAAGGGGAUUUUGGGGCUUCCUGGACCAAGGGGACUCCCUGGACAAUCUGGUCUGCGUGGGAACAAAGGAGUUAAGGGAAUCCAAGGAAGCUCAGGACUCCCAGGUCUGAUUGGGCGAAAGGGUCCUAAGGGCGAAAGGGGAGAUCCCGGGCCUCCAGGCGUCCCCCGGGUGGCAGACAUCACGUACACCGGUCGAGUUGGGGAUCCCGGGUCACCCGGCCCGCACGGCCCUAAUGGAGACAGGGGGCGGAUGGGAAUACCUGGCCCCCCAGGACCGCCUGGCAGAUCAAUAGUCGGACUACCGGGAGUUGUAGGUCAGAAGGGAGGUCCAGGAUGCAAGGGGGUCAGAGGAGAUCCAGGUCAGAUCUCUACAGAGAAACCCACACCUGGAGAACCUGGAAAACCAGGGCGCCCUGGAUUCAGGGGACCUAAAGGACAGCAAGGUGUUCCAGGUACCUACUGUCUCCCUGGAGCCUCAGGACCACCUGGGGACCCAGGUGUGCUCGGGCCCACAGGGUUUCAGGGCUCACUGGGAAUUAAAGGUAGUUGUGGCGGCUGUUCUUGUGGCAUUCCUCUUGUACUAAGAGGUGUACCUGGCCCUGAGGGUGACUUGGGAUUUCCAGGGUUCCAAGGAUCCUCUGGACCCACAGGUCCUCGGGGAGAGUACGGUGUUCCCGGAGACACAGGAGAGACUGGUGAGCAGGGUCGGGCCGGAUUCCCGGGUGUCAAAGGCUUUAAAGGACAGAAAGGAGAUUUAACAGUGAAGGAUAUUGAAGGUGAGAAGGGAAACCAGGGACAGCGGGGCCCUGCAGGCAGACAAGGGUUCCCAGGAAGAAGAGGACAGACUGGGCCCUCAGGGGUCCCUGGAAAUCCCGGUUUCCAGGGUGAGAGUUUUUCCAGUUUCCCUGGAGAAAGGGGCCUCAGAGGAACUACAGGGUUAAAGGGAUAUUUAGGACCUCCAGGUCCCCGAGGACUGGGUGCGGAUGGAGCUGUGGGAGAACGUGGACUCCCUGGGGAUCCAGGACCUACUGGAUCCUGUGGCCCCCCGGGGUUAAAGGGGGUUAAAGGUGACCCUCCACCCUUUAGACCCAUAAGACCAGGUGCCCCUGGAGAGAAGGGAGACCCUGGAAGUGCAGGCUACACAGGUUCCCAGGGUUCUCCAGGUUUUCCUGGUGGCAUUGGGUCAGAUGGACCUAAAGGAGACAAUGGGAAGGAUGGACUUCCUGGAAUACCUGGGAAACAAGGACCUCAGGGUGUCACUGGAGAUUAUGGAGAUGAAGGACCUGAAGGCUUCAGUUAUGAUGGAGAUCCAGGCUCUCCGGGACUUCAAGGCUCUGCAGGUCUCAGGGGACCGACAGGAGACUCUGCUUUUGGGCUUCCAGGCUCUAUUGGCUUUCCAGGGACACGGGGCCCUCAAGGACCCAAAGGAGUGCCUGGCGACCCCGGCCAACAUGGUCUACCAGGCAUCAGUGGUCUCCAUGGAUGUCGUGGAGCAAAGGGUCAGAAAGGAGAUGAUGGAGCCCCCGGUAUAACUGGCUGCCCAGGACCCACAUCGGACCGAUGUGAUCCAGGAAAACCUGGUACAAUGGGCGAGUCGGGCUUUCCAGGAUCUAUUGGAGCCCAAGGUAUUUUUGGGGAUAAAGGGGAGAUCGGCAACAUUGGUUCUGAAGGAAUUGGCCCCAAAGGCUCUGUGGGUGCAUCAGGACUUCCAGGUGUCCGUGGAAAGCCUGGUUGUCAGGGCCCCCCUGGACUCAAUGGAAGCUCAGGACUUCAGGGCACUGGUGGUCCAAGAGGUCUGACUGGACCCCGGGGCUGGGAGGGAGUGCCUGGGAACCCUGGAAAGCCUGGCGUCCCCGGAGAUCCAGGCAUGACUGGAGAGAGAGGGUUCAACGGACGAGAUGGUGGUCAAGGAAUCGAAGGGCCAAAAGGACAGAAAGGCUUGCAAGGUCCAACAGGCCCUCCAGGACCAACCAACUACAUCCGCAUUAAAGGAAAGACAGGAGACCCAGGACAUCCCUCCACUGUUGGAUUUACUGGACCUCGAGGAAGCAAAGGUUUGCAGGGAGCAGCAGGCAAGCCAGGGCAUCCAGGGUGCGACGGACCCCCAGGCAUUGUAGGACCCCUCGGGCCCCCUGGACCCUGUGGCAAACAGGGGCCUGCGGGACCCCCGGGACUGAAGGGGUUUGAAGGAUACUGUGGCUUUCCCGGAAACGUUGGAGAUCCAGGUGACAAAGGAUGCCCAGGGAAACCUGGAGAGCCCGGUCCGCCGGGAUGUAAAGGUCCCAAAGGUAAUAAAGGGGAGUCUGUUGGUUGCCCUGGUCCAAAUGGAGAAAGGGGGCCUCGUGGAGACAAGGGGCACCUAGGACCUCCUGGAUCUCCUGGAGAUCUGGGAGGGUUGGGUUUUACUGGGGCUCCAGGAGAGAAAGGAUCCAAAGGAGAGAAAGGACACUGUGGAAGCAUCGGUCCUAGAGGUGUGAUUGGGCCCCCAGGUCCCAGGGGUCAACCAGGUACUCCAGGUAUUGAAGGUAAAAGUGGGGGUGAUGGUCCUCCAGGACACGAAGGCUACCGAGGACUCAAAGGCCCUCCUGGACCGCUGGGACUUCAUGGACUGGACGGACUGAAAGGAGAGAAGGGGGCCACUGGGACCAGAGGUCGGGGCUUUCCAGGUGUUAAAGGUUCCUUGGGUCCACCAGGAGAUAAAGGUCCUCCAGGGCAUCAAGGUCUUUGCGGUACAUCUCAACCUGGACCACCAGGAUACAAAGGCCCCUUCGGAACCAAAGGGCCUCCAGGUAAAUGUGGACCUCCAGGUAAACCUGGACCAGACUGCAAAACUCCUAUCAAAGGGCCCUGUGGAGAUCCUGGCUGUCCAGGCCCAGAUGGAGAGCCAGGGAAUCUUGGUGAGAUCGGGGAUCCUGGUCAAAACCCUCCAAUUUGUGGGGAUAUUGGGGACAAUGGUAACGUGGGAUGCCAAGGGCCAAAGGGACCAAGAGGAUGCCCAGGACAUAUAGGAACACAAGGUUGCACCGGAUACCCAGGACAGAAAGGUAUGAGAGGCGAUACUGGUUUGUUGGGAAUACCUGGCCCUCGAGGUUGUAAGGGUGUUCCUGGUCACUGUGGAUCUCCAGGACUUCCUGGACCUCCUGGAGUUCAUGGACCAAAGGGGGAAAAGGGUGACACCUUAGAUCCUGAACUCAUAUCACCUCCAAAGGGUCCUCCUGGAGAAACUGGCUCAACUGGUCAAUUUGGACAUGCUGGCCUGAAUGGAGAACAAGGCCCAUGUGGUCCUAAAGGUGAUAAGGGAGAUUAUGGACCUCAGGGAUGUAAAGGCUGCGAUGGACCUCUUGGUCUAAAAGGAGACAAAGGAGAGCCAGGCCUGCCAGGAGAGAGUGGAGUAGUGGGACAGAAAGGUAACCGUGGUCCAGAAGGUGAAAAGGGUUCUCACGGACCAACCAAAGAACUGAACUUGGGCUUGUUGGUGGUGCACAGUCAAAGUGCGAACACUCCCAGGUGUCCAGGCAACAUGAACACCCUGUGGGAAGGAUUCAGUCUGCUGUAUCUGGAAGGCCAGGAGCGGGCACACACUCAGGACUUGGGUCAGCCGGGGUCGUGCAUGCGUGUCUUUUCCACCUUGCCCUUCGCUCCAUGUAACAAGCGUACCUGCUCUUACGCCAGUCGUAAUGAUAAAUCCUAUUGGCUAACGACGAUGGAGCCUGUCCCACGUGAACACGUGAGUGGACCCAACAUCCAAAACUACAUCAGCCGCUGUGUGGUGUGUGAAGCCCCAUCCUUACCCAUCGCAGUGCACAGCCAGUCCAGUCAGUCUGUGGAGUGUCCCGAAAACUGGACAGAACUGUGGGACGGAUACUCCUUCGUCAUGCAUACAGGUGCAGGUGAUGAAGGUGGCGGCCAGCCUCUGACAUCAUCAGGUAGCUGUCUGAAAGCAUACAAGGCCCAGCCGUUCGUGGAGUGUCAGGGGCCUCGUGGAACCUGCCACUUCUUCGCCAACAUGUACAGUUUCUGGCUGACCACCCUGACCGACCCGGCGAUGCUGACCAGUGACCAAGAGCAGAGGAGGAGCAUUGCAAAGUGCAAAGUCUGCAUGAGGCUGUGA